AUGAGCGGAUUAAGAAACGGUGCUGCGCCUGUCCGCACUAUCGAGGAUGAUAGUGAUGUUGAGGAGGAAGCCCUCGUGGCUGACUACCAAGAGCAGGUCCAAUAUGAAGAUGGUAUGGAAGAAUUAGAGCAAGUCAAUUCUUUGACUAUGGCUCAGCAAACCGAUGAUAUCCAGUCUAGACUUGUCGCUGCCGCUCAACCUUUAGACUUCUCUGCACCCCUCGAAGUCAAAUUCCAAAGCUAUGAUUCUUACUGCAACCUAUUCCACUUCAUCCUUAACUCGGAUGGCCCCGUUGAUUUGGAGCCUCCCUCGCACUACUGGGCCUGGGAUGUUAUCGACGAGUUUAUCUACCAAUUCAACAGCUUCUCCUCUUACCGACUAAGAAUUGCAAGACAAGCGAGGGAUAAUGAGGAAGAGAGACAGAUUCUACGCGAGAACCCCAACACAUGGGGCUGCUAUAGUGUGCUCAACGUACUGUACUCUUUGAUUCAGCGAUCACAAAUUACUGAGCAGUUGGCCGCCAUGAAGCGUAACGAGGACCCCGCCGCCGUCGCUGGAGAGUACGGCUCCAAGACCCUAUACCGAAUGCUCGGAUAUUUCUCCAUCAUCGGACUACUACGCGUCCACUGUCUCCUGGGAGAUUUCAGCCUAGCACUGAAGACCCUCGAUGACAUCGAGCUUAACAAGAAGGCUAUGUUUGCACGCGUCAUGGCCGCUCAUUUCACGACCUACUACUACGUAGGCUUCUCCUACAUGAUGAUGCACCGAUAUGCCGAUGCCAUCCGCAUGUUUAGCCAUAUUCUUGUCUAUGUAUCGCGUACCAAGAACUUCCAGAAGAACGCCCAGUACGAUUCGAUCACCAAGAAGAAUGAUCAGAUGUACGCUCUCAUUGCCAUCUGCGUGGCCUUCCAGCCGACCCGUCUCGAUGACACCAUCCACACCGCUCUGAGGGAGAAAUACGGAGACCAGCUGCUCAAGCUACAGCGAGGUGGCCCCGAGUCUCUACCAAUUUUCGAGGAGCUAUUCAAGGCUGCCUGCCCCAAGUUCAUCUCGCCGGUUCCCCCUGACUUCGAUAACCCUGAGGCCAAUGUGGACCCGAUCGACCAUCACCUUUCUAUCUUCAUGGAUGAGGUCAAGACCAAUAUGUGGAACCCUACCGUGAAAUCUUACUUACGCCUUUACACUACUAUGGAUCUUAAGAAGCUCGCUGGUUUCUUGGAGGUGCAGCCGGAAGAGUUACGCUCUUGGCUGCUAGUCAACAAGCAGCGCACUAAGCAGCUGCGGUGGGCCGACCAUGCCCUAUUAGAAGGAGAAUGGGUCAACGUGAGCGACCUGGACUACGCUCUGCAAGGAGAUCUAAUUCACAUCUCGGAAGCCAAGGUUGGGCGCAAGUUGGUGGACUGGUACCUCCGCAACCUGUCACGGAUGUACAACUAA